AUAACAACAACAACAAUAGCUGCGCAGUACGGAAGGAAAUGAGAUCCAUUUACACUGCCCAAAUUAAACAGGUAGCAAAACGGAACUGCUGGAAUAAUAUCACUGUUUGAAUAUAUUUGACGUUUUCACUCGGGACUGUUUGUUUUCUACAGCCACCGCCCGGAAAUCCCACUGUGUUUUCACCAAGAAGAUGAAGUGUCGAAGAUGAAGAGUUAUUCGUGCGCAGCCUUUCAGAGGCACUACUACACAAUGCAGCGGGACCGAGUGUAACUACCGGUAAUAGUGUUGUGCUGUGCAAAAACGGAAUUAUUUAUGUGCUCAUGAGUGCGCAGUUUUGUAUUCUGGGGCAGUCUUUUAACGCGAGUGGGAACAAAAUGGAGGAUAAUAAGCUGAUAAGUUGUCUGGUGUGUGUGGACCCGUGCUUGGUUUAGACUGUGCUCAUUGUGGGUUUCAGCGUGAAUUAACUGUUCUUGGGAUGUUUUUGCUGGACAGAGACAGAAGGAAUAAAAUGAAGUCACUCAGCUGAGAGAAACCGGAUUUGAAACGCCAUUACUUUCAGAAUAAGAGCUUGAAGUGUGUCCCAAACUAUAACGUUAUUAAUUAGCCUAUGAACAUCCGUUAGCCACAGAAGUAAAACAAGGAGAACCUGAGCCCACAAAAUGACCGACUCGGGGGAUGCAGCAAGUGUACCCGGCUGCUCCGGCCUCAGCAGCGGGGCCGGGCUGAGUCUCACCGCGGGCAGAGGACAUCAAGGCACGGUCAGGAGUAUGUCCUCCCCAACUCCACCUGUGAGACUGACAUCCCUCAGGACCAGGGACUUGACACUGGGGGGAGCCUUUAAAAAACCAAAGAAGACCUUUGAGCCGAACGUCCACGCUGUGAGGAAAAGUAAAGAUGAGUUAAAGGAAAAGAUAAGUGUGGCUCCAAAGAAGGAAAGAAGAGAGAGGGAUGAGAGGAGAGGAGCGAGGGAGAACAGAGGGAAGAGGAGAGAGAGGCCUCAGACUAUUCAGUCUCACUCCAUCUUUGAACAGGGUCCUGCUGACACCGUCUGCAGAACAGGCUGGCGUGCUGCUGCAGACAAGCGUGACUCCACCACCCCUCCUGUAUGUAAACUUGUGAAGAAAGAGAGGAAAGAUUCAGAGGAAGAUGAAGAUGAGAUACUCAGUAAACUACAGAGGGAUGAUUUCAUAGAUGAUCCAGAUCUCAGGAACGAUGCCAGGCUGAAACCCAUCCAGCUGCCUCUGUUUCAGUCCAGCAGCUUCGUCAAGAGUCAAACACUGUCGACCACAACAUAUCCAGAGAACCCUCCUCUGCUCAGACCUCCGGUCUGUGAAGAUCAGGGUAGGGUAGGCCCCAGCAGGACAGUGUUGCCCAAACCAGAGCAGCCAUCUCUGGUGGACCUGCUGCAGGACCUCAGCCUGUCUGGCAGAGAGGAGCUCUUCUUCAUGCAGUUACCUGACUGUAUGCCGGGCAGAGCGUCGGGACAGAAGCAGGACCCCGCUGUCGCAUGUCCUGCACAGAAACCUGCCAAGAAGGAAGGCAAGGCUGAAGACAAGAGACCAGCACAUCUGCAAGCACAGCAGGCUGUGACGAAGGAGGGCUGUCCUGUGCUGUCACAAUUCCCAGAAGGAUUUCUGGGUAAACUGCAGAUCAGAAGGUCAGGGAAGGUGGAGCUGAAGCUGGGCGACAUCGUCAUGGACGUCUCUGAAGGAGCUGCAUUCUCCUUCCUACAGCAACUGGUGUCUGUGCGUCUGUCUGAGGGGCGGACUGGAGACAUGAUGGUGCUGGGAAAUGUCCACCACAAACUGGUCUUGUCUCCUGACUUCCAGGCUUUACUGAGACAAGCUGCAACACAGCAGCAAAAAGGACCCUGAUCAUGUUCUUAUCUUCUGCACAGAGACUCAGCAGAUCUGAAAGUGACACUCUUUGACACAUGGAAAGAUUUAUUUUGGAUUCUGUGACACUCCUGAUCUGAUGGCACAUGUUUAGUUGUUACAGCACAGACCUCUGUCUGACGUUUUUAAGGCAGCUACUUCAUUAACCUGUUGUUAUUAUAUUUUAUCUGUGAAAACUUUUAACUGGUUGUAACUUUUGAAAAUCCUGUGACGGUAAAACAAUCCAUCAGAAUUUGAAUAACUCUCUCCGAUGUGACGACACUGCCAGAGAUGAUUUGUGGAAAGAUGAAAAUUGCGACGUGGUGUAAAUACGUGGUGACUCCACAAUGACUCUGUUGUAUACUGUUACCUGUGCACUGAUUACCUUUUUAUAGAUGGGUGACUUCUCACUGCGUCAGUUCUACACACACCAGCACAGCAGACGAUAUGAUUGUGAGCUUCACACUGACUGAACACCAGCAAAAGACAUCAACCACAUGUUGUAGCUGAUUUUGGUCCGUUACAGGAUCCACUUAGAAGAGGUCAAAGGUCAAACUUGUAAUGAGUGAUAGAUGACAAGUGGAAACUCUCACCAUGUGUGGAUUCUGUAGACUAAAAGGUGCAAAGCAGAUGUUCUGUUAGCGCACUGAUAAUGUACGUGAUGCAUUUAGACUUUGUAACAUUUGUAGUGUUCAGUUAACUUAGAGUUGUAUUUCCAGUCUGUUAUGUUUGUUCUUUCUGCUUAGUUUUCUGCUACAUCCACAUCAGUUACUCUUUCUUCACAUCAGCCCCACAGAGCAGCUGAACAGCAGCUGUAAAUCCAGAUGUUGCUGAUCUCCAGUGGUAGAAGUUUUUAUAUAUAAAAUACAAACCAGAUUCCAAACUGCCAACCUGUUUACUGCCAAAACCUUGUCAUUGCACUUUGUGAAAGCGGUUUCAGAUCAUUUAAUCUUGAAAAUUUCAGGCUUUAAAGGUAUCUCACUGGAGAAAACUUUUCAGUCUUGAAUCAGCUCUGAAUGAAUGCAGAUGCAGGACGAGACACAGCUGGAUUUUUAUUUUGGAAGACUGUAGUGCAGCUUUUGAUACAGAGGAUCGUGCCGUCCUAAUGAAGCCUUCAGCAGUGGGUUUGUGUAUAAAAACUGCUUUUAAGUCUGUUGAUGGCUCCACAUCAUUGCUGUUCCUGUGUGUGGGUUUAAAACUAGAGGGACUGUGACAGGGCAGCAUGGAUGUGCUUUGAGGAGCUCAGGCUGAGCAUGUUUCGCUUUAAAUCAUUUAUUAAAACUCAUUUUUAUGCCUUUUA